CACAGUUACAACUGUUGCUACAUGUAUGCUAGUUAACAGUGAUGUUGUGGAAAUGGCGUUCGGUUGCCAAGGCAACCUCAGCGGCAAGCGCCGCGUCGCCGCAAACGGAAUCCAACGACAAAGAUACGAACAGCAGCAGCGGUAACAGAAGCGCCAGCGACAACGACGACAGCGGCCGAUCUGUUCGUUCGUUUGUCCACCGAUCGAAAUUUGUGGCGGCAUAGGGCGUUGCUGCUAGGGAUCCGCCUUACGUUCAAGUUAAGCUCUUCCGGUCGAUGGACGCGCAAUGUAAAGCCAUCGGUCAGCCGAUGCAGCUGGGCGCUUGGAUCAGACCUGACCCGUCAUUCUAGCACUCGCCGUUGACUGAACUACCCGACGCAACAGUUGCCGAGAAACGACAUAUAGCGUCUAACGCGAGUAAGAGCUGUCUAUAUGUGCGUGUGUUGACGUUUGUACCGUUGAAGCGUUGCGGUGACUUCGGCUGCUGCUGCUACUGCUCGUAUAGCUGAUACAGCCAAAGUCAGUGCCGGAAAAGUGUCGUGCCAUCAAUCGUACGUGAGUUGUGAUUGGCGUGCUGUAUUCGAAAGGUAGAAAAAAAAAACCUAAGAAAGUUGUGUGCGAGCAGGCUGCCUUAAUGAAAAGUGGUUAAUUAACAAUCAGGUCAAAUAGAAGAACGUUCUGUUUCAAAACCUGAAAAAGGUUACAGAUUCAGUAAGUAAACCUUUAUCUGAGAACCGAAAAACGCAUCGGGUGAUUUGAGGAUGACGACGCGCUUGAAAAUCGCUGCUUGAAGCCAGUCGAAGCGAGUAUUGAUAGAAUAGAUAAUUUUGCAGCUAAACGUGCUUCUGCAGGAUUCAGAACAUCGAUGCUUGCAUGUUCUAUUGGAGACCUAUUAAUGUAGUUUUAUCAAUUCGAAUUAAAGAGCCAAACCACAAUGCCAGUGCAUGUGUGUUUAUACGUGUAAAUGUUUUUCCGUCAAUACUUCCGGAUGCCAAAUACGCGGCGAUAAAAGAUCUUGGUUCAUUUAAACGAUAGGGAAUAUUGGCCAAACUCUACGAACAACUAGAGUACAACUGAUGAACCGAAAGGAAGUGUCCACAGGAUAAGUCACCAGGCCACUAUCGAAACUUUUAGACCGGUCGAGUAACGGGCAGUGUGAGUAUACUGCACGCAUUGCCCGACGGAAGCCAGCUGUUAAACUUGGCCGAAACGUAUCAAAUUGUCCUUUGUAGAAUUUUCAGAGCAAAAAAAGACCACUUGUUAAUAGAUCCUCUUUGCUUAAACUGGACGAUUAACAAAGAUGAACCCAAAUCGAAUAGCAGUCGGACGUCGGAUGCUCUGAGAAGCUACUGAAAGCAUCAUUUCGCAACGUGGAAGACUGGCAAUAACUUCUGUUGUAAUCCUUACUUCUGUAAAGAAGCAACCAAUCCGUCAUUGACGCAUCUGGGAGCAUUUGUCAGGGUCGAAUGUAUCGACUGAAACCGUCUCACCGGACUUUAAGGGAACACGUAUAAUCCUUCAUCAAAACUAUUUUACUGUUCUGUUCGAAAGACGUCAGACCACUUUUUACUCUUUACUAGAAUCGGCAUAAGUAUUAUCACAAGCUCGACUGCGGCUGCAACCGUCGAGCUGACCUUUUAGCUCACCCGGAAAGCUCUGACCAACCAAGUGCCACUGAUAUCAACGAAGACACGUUUGUAACGUCUGAAGGAACUGAGAGCAUCGACCGUUUCUACCAAAUUUCAAGCAGCUACAAGUUUGCCCCUUACAAUCGGCUAGGCGAAGAAUAACGCCGUAGACAUUAGAAUACUUUGAAGAAUAGAGUCAUGGGAUGCUUUGGAUGUCGAGAUGGUCGGGCGGGGGGUAUAAUGUUUGCUCACGUAGGUUUUGUUGCAACGUUCCUUGCCUUUGUCACUCCCUACUGGCUCAAAUCUGACUUCCGGGCGUACAGUGCCCAGUUCCUCCGAACGGGUCUAUGGGAAACAUGUUUUAGAUCGCACUCCAGCCCCGAUGAUCUCGAGCAGCGCAAGUUCUACGUGGGCUGUCGUUGGAUUCUUACGUAUGAAUACAAUAGAUUACGAGACACCCUCGAAUUACCAUUCUUCGUGUCGACACAAGUGUUCUAUACGUUCGCCUUCACGGCACAGCUAAUUGCCUCGAUCGGCUUGAUCUCUAUCUACGUUUGCUUUGACCAGACGAUGGAGCGGAGAAUUAUUCGGUACUGCAAUAUUCUCCUGACGUUCGCUUUUCUCUGCUCUACCAUCGCGGUAGCGGUAUUCGGCGCACACGCAAAUCAGGAUGGCUGGAUGCCAGAUCCGCUUCAUAACUACCUGUCGUGGUCAUACGCAAGUGCCGUAGUUGGAGCCUUCUGUCAGCUUAUGGCCGCAAUUUGCCUACAGGUCGAUUCUCGCCAUAUAGUCGACGGUGAUACGAAAAUGGAAAACCUCCGCACGUUCGGAUAGGUAGACUCACUUUCAAGUUGCCAUGUUUUUUCGAAGUUAUUUGACCAGCGCCCCAACAUUCAACAACGAGUCGUAAGACAUACAUUAUAAUGCCAGAUUAGAAAAUUGUCCUAAAGAAAAACGAUGUAUUCCCAAUUGGACAACUUUUUAGGUCUACUUAUGCGCUUCGUUAUCCUCCUAGGUACUCCUUCGGGUACUGCUCUCAACGACAGUGUACACAUAUGAUUUAACAACGGAGAUAUAAACAUGAACGCACUGAGCUACGUCAAGUUCCGCUGUCAAGCAUCGAAUUGUGUUAAGUGUAAAAUAAAAACGAUCAUUUAUGUUGUAUAUUAAUGAAUCGAUGUUCAACUAUAUGCACAUAUAUGCGGUGAGGUGCUGAUUUAUUAUACGUUAGGAUUGAAGCGACGACAAAUGGUAGGCGAAAACAAAGCAGGAAUAGCCGCUGAUCAUAACAUGAAUGUACAAUAUAAAUAUUUAAUAUGUGUAACUUAUCACGGAAACGUACUGCUGUACGUACGUUCAUAGCAUCGGCGGUAUUGGACAAUAGGUGUGCAUGAUGGUGGGCCAUAUAGGAGUAGCGUCAUCUAAAACUAUGUUACAGAUAACGCAUCAAAUUAUUUUUAUAUAGAUA